AGAAGUCAAAACGUCGGGAACGCGAAGUAAAUAAACAUAAUUUUUUUUGCGGUUUCGCGAAAAAACGCAUCUCGGUUUCGGUUGCCCGCGCGCGAUAGCGUUCCGCGGGAGUUGUUCGAACCGAGUUCACUCAUUAAACGCAAUUUCAGGAUCGCUGGGAUGUAAUCGGAGAAUCGAAAUUUCCAUGCGCCUUGGACAAUCUUCUAUGUGAACCAAAAUGACCAAAAAGUUCGAAUUCGACUGGCACAUUGCUGUUCCCGAGCCUUUGUUGAGCGGUUGUGUUGUCGAUCGCUGGACCGAAGAGAAAGAUAAUGUGGAAUACGAGCAGAAAGCUACGUUUAAGGUCGACGAGUAUGGUUUCUUCAUAUACUGGAAGAGUGAUGGACGAGACGGCGAGGUUAUAGAACUGUGCCAAGUAAGCGAUGUGAGGGCCGGCGGAGUACCCAAAGACGCAAAGCUCCUUAAUAACUUGCUUACCAAACAUGGCAACAAUCUGGACGAUAAAUCCCUUACCAUUUGCAGCGGAACCGAUUAUAUAAACGUAAAUUAUCAGCACAUUGUUUGUCCUACGCCCGAAACUGCCAAGGAUUGGUUGGAAGGUUUAAGGCAAAUCACUCACAAUGUAAAAGCUAAUAAUAUAUGCCCUAUGACGUGUUUAAAGAAACAUUGGAUGCGACUCGGCUUCUUGAUAGACCAGAAAGGUCAGAUUCCCGUGAAGGUAAUCGCGAGAACCUUCGCUUCCGGCCGUACCGAGAAAUUGGUGUACCAAUUUCUGGCCGAGCUGGGCCUGCCCAGCGGCAAAAACGACGCCAUCGAGCCCGACGCCUUCACCUUCGACAAGUUUUACAGUCUCUACCAUAAAAUCUGUCCCCGAAACGAUAUCGAGGAACUCUUCAGGACCAUAACUGAGGGCAAAGGCGAUCACAUGACCGUCGAUCAGCUGAUCAAUUUUCUAAACGAGAAGCAACGCGAUCCGCGUCUGAACGAGAUCCUCUACCCGCUGUACGACGAGAAAAGGGCGACCGAAAUUAUCGAAACGUACGAGCAAGACGAAACGGCGAAGUCUACCAAGAAAAUGACCAAGGACGGUCUUAUCAGGUAUUUGAUGUCCGACGAGAAUGCACCCGUAUUCCUCGAUCGUCUCGACAUCUACAUGGACAUGGAUCAGCCCUUGUGCGCUUACUACAUAAACUCCAGCCACAACACUUACCUGAUUGGACGGCAGUUCGGCGGUCGGUCUUCCGUCGAAAUGUACCGUCAAGUUUUGUUGGCCGGUUGCCGAUGCGUCGAACUCGACUGUUGGGACGGCAGGGGGGAGGACGAGGAACCUAUCAUCACACACGGUCGUGCCAUGUGCACCGACAUCUUGUUCAAAGACGUCAUUUAUGCCAUAAGGGACACCGCUUUCGUCACGUCCGACUAUCCCGUCAUACUGUCGUUCGAGAAUCACUGCUGCAAGACGCAGCAACACAAGCUCGCGAAAUACUGCGAUGAGAUCCUGGGCGAUUUGCUACUUAAGGAGCCUCUCGAGGACUUCCCCCUGGAUGCUGGCGUUCCCCUUCCGCCCCCGUCCUUCUUGAAGAGGAAAAUCCUGAUCAAAAACAAACGUCUGAAACCGGACGUCGAGAAACAGGAAUUGGAGUUGUUCAGGCAGGGCCAGUUCGUCAUAGAGGACGAGGAGAAAGAAGACGCCAAUGCCAGCGCGGAUCGACCUAUCCCGCCGGAUAUUUCGGCCGAGAUCCCUGCCCCCGACGCCCCGCCGGGUGAAGGCGGCGAAGCCGCCGCCUCCGCAUCGUAUACCCCUUCCACUACCAACGUUCACCCUUGGUUAAGUUCGAUGGUGAACUACGCACAGCCGGUGAAAUUUCAAGGCUUCGAUGUAGCCGAAGAGAAAAACGUCCACCACAACAUGUCGAGCUUUUCGGAACCGGCGGGCCUGAAUUAUCUAAAAACGCAGGCCAUAGAGUUCGUCAACUACAACAAGAGACAGAUGUCCCGGAUAUAUCCCAGCGGCGCCAGAGCGAAUUCGUCAAAUUACAUGCCGCAGGUGUUUUGGAACGCGGGCUGUCAAAUGGUCUCUCUGAAUUUUCAAACGUCAGAUUUACCGAUGCAACUGAACCAGGGCAAGUUCGAGUACAACGGCAACUGCGGCUACCUGCUCAAACCGGAUUUCAUGAGACGACCCGAUCGCACCUUCGAUCCGUUCGCCGAAAUUCCGGUAGAUGGUGUCAUCGCCGCCCAAUGCUCGGUCCAAGUGAUCGCCGGUCAAUUUUUGUCGGAUAAGAAGGUGGGAACUUACGUGGAAGUGGACAUGUACGGACUUCCUACGGACACGAUCCGCAAGGAGUUCCGUACGCGAUUGGUACCUGCCAACGGUCUGAACCCGGUGUAUAACGAGGAACCUUUCCUGUUCCGCAAGGUGGUACUACCGGACCUCGCGGUCCUGAGGUUCGGCGUAUACGACGAGAACGGCAAACUGCUGGGCCAAAGAAUUUUGCCCUUGGACGGUUUACAGGCCGGCUACAGGCACAUUUCGCUCCGUACCGAGGCGAAUUUCCCGAUGUCGUUGCCGAUGCUGUUCUGCAACAUCGAACUGAAGAUUUACGUGCCUGACGGUUUCGAGGACUUCAUGGCAGCGCUGAGCGACCCGAGGGGGUUCAUGGGGGCGCAGCAGAAACAGAACGAGCAGAUGUCUUCGAUGGGCAUCGAAGUAACGGAUCAAAAAGCGGAGAAGAAAGAGAAAAAAGAGGAGAAGAAAAUCGAGCCGAUAAUUUUCGAACCGAUCACGAUAGAGUCCAUAAAACAGGACAAGGGCUUCCAGAAGACAACGAAGAAGCACCAGAAAGAGUACGACGCGCUGAAAAAGAAGCACAGCAAGGAAAAGAUGUCGGUUCAGAAGGCGCAAUGCUCCGCGAUCGACAAGCUCAUCAAGGGAAAGAACAAAGCUGACCUCGCGAAUGAUCCCACUGUCCGCAAGCUCGUUACGGAACAGACGCUCGAAUGGAGUUCCCUAAUGGAGAGACACCGCAAACAGGAAUGGGAGUUUUUGAGGAACCAGCUCGACGAUCAGAGGGACGUUCUUAGGAAGCACAUGGAGCUGCUCCAGAGCCAGCAGAUGAAGCAGCUGGAGGCGAAGCACGACCAGGAGAUGAAAGAGAUGAAAAGUCAACAGGCCAAAGUGGCAGUGGAAACGAGCAAGGAAAUCGCCAACGAUAAGACGUUGAAAACGAAAAAGGACAAGGAGCGGCGCCUGCGCGAAAAGCAACAGAACAACACGAAAAAGUUCGUGGAAGAACGUAAGGUGGCGCUCGUGAAGCAGAGACGCGAACAGGAGAAACUUCAAAUGACGCACGAUAAGCAGCUCGAGAUGCUGUCGCACGACAUCCAGAAAAUGAUCGACAUGUAUAAGAACGAGGAGAUAGAAUACGACAUGUCGUCGAAGAGCGAGUUUUUCGCCUGACUAGAGAGGUUUUUGUACGGCGACACGUUCGGACCGAAGCGGUCGGACAGCGCGGACGAAUUGGACAGUUGAAACCGGUUAGUUUGUCCCGAAGCGAUUCUGUGAAUUCCGAUCAAGCCCUUAGAAUAGGUAAAAGGCUAGGGAUGAGUUGUUACCUUAAUCUUCAUAGUUGGCCUUUCGCGGACGCGUCUCUUAAUGCUCGCGUUAUCCUCUAUCUUUCUCUCUUCUAGAACGGCGAGAUGGUGACGAGCAAAAAAAAAAAAACGAACGAUACGGUGUUUUUCAUUUCAUCUAAGAUCUGACAUAGACUAUAGAAAUUCUGGUAUUUAUAUAUAUAUAU